AUGGCGUUCAGGGAUGUGGCUGUGGACUUUACUUCGGAGGAGUGGGGGCUGCUGAGCUCUGCUCAGAAGACCCUGUACCGAGAGGUGAUGCUGGAGAACUAUGACAACUUCGUCUCCCUGGGAAUUCCAUUUUCUAAACCAAAACUCAUCACUCAGCUGGAGCAAGGGAAGGAGACCUGGAGAGAGGAGGAGAGAUAUCCAGGUGACUGUCCUGAACCACAGCCAGAAGUGCAGUGCUGUCCUGUCUGCCCUCUGGAUUUCUCCACCGAGAAGUUCCACAUGCAGCAUUUGCUCUGUAGCCCUGCCUCUUGGAUGUUCACAUGCCUGUGUGCCAAAAGUCAUGUCCAGUUAAGGGAUUCCUGCCCAGGGUACCAGGAGAAGCAGCAGCCCUUUCAUGAAGGUUCCUGGAGUGAUAAGUCAGAAGGUCAAGAGAAAGAUGGUACCGAACCUCUUUUGGGCAGGACAAAGAAAAGAACUUUAGGGACAUUCUCCAGGCCACCCCAGCAACAGCCAGUCACAUCCAGGAAUGUCAUCAGAGGUGUGGAAAUAGAUGCCAACCCAGCCCAGGGAGGGAUCGCAGAGGAAACAGACCAAUUCUUGAAGAGGAUAGACGUUUUAGGAUUUGGAACAGUCAACUGUGGAGAGUGUGGUCUAGGCUUCAGCAAGGUGACAAACCUUCGCAGUCACCAGAGGAUACACUCAGGGGAAAAGCCUUAUAUAUGUGGAGUUUGUGAGAAGGGCUUUAGUCUAAAGAAAAGCCUUGCCAGACACCAGAAGGCGCACUCAGGGGAGAAACCUAUUGUGUGCCAGGAGUGUGGGCGAGGAUUUAACCGGAAGUCAACACUCAUCAUACAUGAGAGGACGCAUUCAGGUGAAAAGCCGUAUGUGUGCAGUGAGUGUGGGCGAGGCUUUAGUCAGAAGUCAAACCUCAUCAUCCACCAGAGGACACACUCAGGGGAGAAGCCUUAUGUGUGCAGGGAGUGUGGGAAAGGCUUUAGCCAGAAAUCUGCUGUAGUUAGGCACCAGAGGACACACUCUGAGGAGAAGACCAUUGUGUGUAAUGAUUGUGGACUGGGCUUUAGUGAUAGGUCCAACCUCAUCUCACACCAGAGGACACAUUCAGGAGAGAAGCCUUAUGCUUGCAAAGAGUGCGGACGCUGCUUUAGGCAGAGGACAACCCUUGUCAAUCACCAGAGGACACACUCAAAGGAGAAGCCUUAUGUGUGUGGGGUGUGUGGGCACUGCUUUAGCCAGAAUUCAACCCUCAUCUCACACAGGAGAAUACACACUGGAGAGAGGCCCUAUGUGUGUACCGUGUGUGGGCGAGGCUUCAGUCUAAAGUCACACCUCACCAGACACCAGAACAUACACUCAGGGGAUAAGUCCAUUAUGUGCAAAGACUGUGGUCGAGGCUUCAGCCAGCAGUCAAAUCUCAUCCGGCACCAGAGGACACACUCAGGGGAGAAGCCCUUGGUAUGUGAAGAUUGUGGACGAGCUUUCAGCCAAAAGUCAAACCUGGUGGUGCACCAGAGGACUCAUUCUGGGGAAAAGCCUUAUGUGUGCAGGGAAUGUGAGAGAGGCUUCAGUCACCAGGCAGGUCUCAUCAGACACAAGAGGAAACACUCAAGGGAGAAACUUUAUGUGUGCAGGCAGUGUGGACUUGGCUUUAGCAAUAAGUCAAUUUUAAUUACACAUAAGCGGCUAUGUAAUUCAGAAGCGAAGCCUUGUGUAUGCAGAGAAUGUGGUCAAGGCCUUAUCCAGAAGUCAUACCUCCUCUUAUAUCAGAUGACACAUAAAGGGGAGAAGCCUUAUAUAUUUAGGACAUAUGGACAAGGUUUUAACCAGAAGUCUCGCAUCAGCAGACACAGAAGGAUGAAGCCCAUGUAUUACAAACCAGAACUGCAGGCUAACCUGGAGGCUUGUUCUGGGCCAUCUUCUGUUGCCUUGCAUGCCCUUUAUAAGUGA